GUUUGCCAAAAUGUGUGCAAAACGCGUGAAAGAAGAAGAGUGCGAGGAGCAAGUUUGCGGGAGCAAAGAGGAGAGCGAGCGACGGCGUCAACUAGUUUUCAGGCAACCUCGUCUGGUUUUACGCAGAGCAGAGGAAUCCUGUGAAGUGCUGCCAGGUGACAACUGAACUGAUGAGCGAGACGUCAGCGACGGACACGUUGGUCUUAAGCGGCAGGUGCCUAAGCCCACUCACAUUCAAGAGGAAGAGCAGGAGGAAGGUCUCCCUGUCGUUAAGGAUGAGAAGGAUCUAGAAACGUUCUCUAUCAAAGAGGAAGUGGAGGACAAUAUCACUAAGAUGCUAGUUAUGUUUGUCCCUUUGAAGGGUGAGGAUGAUGAGAACAAAGUUCAAUGUGAGGAGAACAGAGGGGCGGAGCUUCGGAGCAGCAGCUCAAGUCGACGCGUGACUUCAGAACGCGAUCGAGACCACUGUGGAGGAUCACAAGCAGACAGCCUGUUAGCGCCGCUAUCGGACAGUGACGACAUGACGUCGCACUCUUCUUUCACCGACGAUGAACCCUCUAAAGGCGAAAUGACACGUCACCGUGACAAAAAAUGCUGGAAAUGUUCUCAGUGUGACAAAACCUUUGCCUACAAGUCUGUUUUUAUAAAGCACAUGAUGAUCCACACUGGAGAGAAACCUUUCGCCUGCUCCGUUUGUGGCAAAAGAUUCACUCAAAGGGCCAAUUUGACGACCCACGCGAGAACCCACACUGGAGAGAAACCUUUUACUUGCCAAAUUUGUGGUACGAGCUUCUCCACGAAGGGAAGUUUAAGGUCACACACAAGAACCCACACCGGAGAGACGCCAUUUGUUUGCUCGUUUUGUGGUAAGCGCUUCACUCAAAGGGGAAGGUUAACAGAUCACACAAGAACGCACACGGGGGAAAAACCUUUUUCAUGCUCAGUUUGUGGCAAAAACUUCUCUCUAAAGGGAGAUUUAAGAAGGCAUACAAGAACCCACACUGGGGAGAAACCCUUUUCCUGCUCAGUUUGCGGUAAAACAUUCUCUGUAAAUGGUCGUUUAACAAGGCACACAAGAACACACACUGGAGAGAAACCUUUUGUCUGUCCAGUUUGUGGUAAGCGCUUCACUGAAAGGGACACUUUAAAACGGCACAAACGAAUACACACGGGAGAGAAAACAGCCGCUUCAGUGUAUGACUUUAGUUCAAAAUCGAAAAAUGUUUAUCCUGAGCAGAAUGCGUGGCGCUCCACGGUGGAGCAGCAGGAGCCGGAACACCCCCACAAUCACCAGGAAGAGAGGCCAGAGCCGGUUCACAUUAAAAUGGAGGAGGAGGAGGAAGAGGAGGAUACUAGCAACGUCCCAUUGACUUGUGUCAUUGUGAAGAGUGACGAUGAUGAAGACGACGGACAAAUUGAGCAGAACUAAAGUGAUGACGUUUGUCUUGUGCCUGCAGGAUUUGAUACUGUGGCCCACAGGAUCUUUCUGGCUCGUUUGCACCACCUGCAGGGUGUUAGUGGUAGUGCUGUUGAGUUCGUGCACCUACGUCAUAAACUCACGUGACUUUUGUUUACCUCGCCAUAUUGCUGGUCAAGCUAAGCAUUGCUGAAUGCUAAGUCGGUUGGAGACAACACGGAAAUAUGUCUUGUAGCACGACGCCCAGAGUCUUGUCCGAUACCGUCAGACAUUUAGAAGGUGAAAAUAAACGACGGUACGUGGAAAAAUUAACCCUAACUCGGCAUAGAGGACCCGUAUUUAAUGCUGAAGUCGACGUUUUCGCCGAUAAGAAAUUGGACUGUUAAUUCGCUUCCGCUGGUCUUGGACAACUGGAUGCACACAUGGAUCUGGUGAGUAAGUCGUCGAGAUUUGCACGGAAAGGUUUGAAAGCGUAGGAAAGUCUGGACGUAUACGAAUACUUCGUUGGCGGAUUUGUUCUCAAUCCGGAAUCAAUCCCACAUAGUGACGGUUUUGACGGCUCGUGAACGCGGAAGCGUGUUCGGCCACACGUUAACCGUUGCCCGAAUCCAUCCAUCUUUUCAGCUAGUAUUCGAUACAAAGGCCAAUAUUUCAAUGAAAAUGGUGACGUCACGUGCGCAGGUUCUAUCAGGCAGGAAAGCCUCGGGUGGCUUGGAGUCCUACUCCGCCCCAGUGUCUGGGUUCCACAAAGUUCUAUUUUGGCCUUCCUGGUCUUUUCUUUCAUUUUACUGCUGCUGCGUUUGCUCCUGAGAGAGCACAAGAUUCAUUUUUGUUGUUAUGUGGCCUGAAAGAAAAAGGACACAUUUCCCUUAGAGUCUCCUCUUGUCUUGCUUGAUGACAGCUGGCGUUGAACUUUUUGCAUUUUAAUGGUUAGAAAACAGAAAUUACAGUUUGGUCCUGUUGGCCUGUGUCAAUCCUCCCUGUUUACUGGAGGCCCCUGACACAAAUCCGAACUUGGGUUUUACAUUGGGCAGCCAUUUCAAACUGGAUCUGCAAAUCUUCUGCCAUCUUUUUUUCCCUCCAUCUUAGACAGCUGGCGGAAGUAAAGUUUUCUCUUUCACAACAGCACUUUGAAAUAGUUCAUCGCAUCUUGACUAUUGAUUACCGUUUUGGAGUUUUGGAGUCAGCCAGUCCAUCCUCAAAGGUUCUCCAGUUGCCUCCAAAAUGAUGUUGCUCGCCUCCUACCUGGAACGUGACGGAGGGAGCACAGAAGCCCUUUCCACUAGUUUCCUGUGCAUUUAAGACUCAAUUUUAAUAUGAUUUUAUUUAUGAUCUCACCCCUCUUAACCCCUCUGAGCUGCUUCACCACCGCCUACGCUCUUGCACGUCGCUUCAGGUCAGCUGAGCAGACGCUGCUGGAAGUACGGAGGAGCAAACGGAGGCUCACCGAGGACGGAACUUUGUCUAAUGCCGCCCAAUCUCUUUGGAAUAAGACAGCGUUUGCUAAAUUUUAGAGAAGAUCCCUCACUGUGCAUCUUUAAAACUUCUCUUAAUACCAAAAUGUCUUCUUCGGCGAUCAGCUCAGCAUAAGACUGCACUGAUAUUGUGUUCUACUGCUUUUAAAAUUGCUAUCAAGGUGGCGUUAUGUUUUAUUAUUUGGACAUGCUUUAUUUUUGUUUAAUGUACAGCUCUUUGCGUGCAGCUAUCGUUGUUUUA